AUCGAUUCAACUUUUAAUUUAGAAUUCUUAGUUAUGAGGGCAUAUUUCAUUUUAAACACUAGUGAAGUUUCGUUAUAUGUUUAUUGAUUAUUUUAUAGCGAGAUAAAAUAAAAUUAACAGAAAACUAUAAAUAUUAAGGUAAACGAUUUGCUACACUUGAUUCGAUUAAUCGAAAUUAUUCACCAAUUGCCAAUUCCAAUUACUAAUUUUUAUAAGGAAACAGAAGAAAAAAACAUUGUUGUAAAUAACAAUUAUCGAAUGUGUAAAUGAGGUUUGAAGGUAUUUUUCACUUUGGUUUAAAAGUUAUCUACUAAAAAUAACCAUAAAUUGCGUGGGCAAUUUCAGAAUGUCAGCAUAAAAGAUUAAAAAUCUCUGCAGGGCGCUGCAUUUAAUCAAAAUGUUUGGUUGUCUAUAAAGAUCUCACGUUUGACGAAUCUAUUAAUUUUCUGCAAACAAAAAUGAACGAAAGCGAUUUCAAAAACAUUUUAGCCACGACAGCAUCCGUGUGCACAAUAUUGCAAUUUUUAACAGGAACAUUAACAUGUCAGAAAAUUGUCCAAAAUAGAAGCACUGGGGACAUUUCCUCAUUUCCAUUUACCAGCGGGUACUUAUCUUGCAGCUUGUGGCUGCGAUAUGGGUUCCUAAUCGACGAUAGUUCCAUAAUAUUAGUCAAUACAAUCGGCGCUACGUUAUUUUUCGCAUACGUAGUAACAUUCUAUUGGUAUACAUUAAAUAAAACAAUUAUCGUACGUCAAUUCAUGUGCUCUUUUCUACUGUUUAUAAUAAUCAUUCUACAUGUGCACAGAGGUGAUGACCCGGCCACUGUUAGGACCCAUUUAGGUCUAAUUUGUAGUGGAGUUACCAUAGUAUUCUUUGCGGCUCCACUUGCUUCUCUUCUGCACGUUAUUAGAGUUAAAAGUACAGAGAGCCUUCCAUAUCAUUUAAUAUUCUCAUCGUUUAUCGUUUCCUUGCAAUGGCUCAUUUAUGGUUUUGUUCUCAAGGAUACGUACAUACAAAUUCCAAAUCUCAUUGGAAGCUUAUUAUCCGGGUUCCAGCUUACUCUGUUCCUGAUUUAUCCGAAUAAGGCCAAAGCUUUUUCUAAUGUCUAAAUUUUAAUUUAGGCGUUCAUUAUAUGUUACGGGUAAAGUUAGAUAAACGACUAAACCUAGGUUUACCCAUGUUUCUUGGAUAUUUCACAGUUUAC